AUGCGCAAGGAGAAAAGCCGAGAUGCGGCGAGGUCGCGGAGAGGGAAAGAAAACUUCGAAUUUUACGAGCUGGCCAAACUGCUGCCGCUUCCCGCGGCAAUCACCAGUCAGCUCGAUAAGGCCUCGAUUAUUCGUCUCACCAUCUCGUACCUUAAGCUGCGCGACUUCUCGCACAACUCUGACCUGCCGUGGAUUCCUCCGCACGAAAAGCACCUCCUCAAGGCAAGUCCCCUACGUCCGUCGCGAUCGGUCGCCACCGAAAUGUUCGAACAGCAUCAGGGAACGCAUAUACUCCAGUCCUUGGACGGCUUCGCGUUCGUGCUCGCUUCAGACGGACGAUUUCUCUACAUUUCCGAAACUGUUUCCAUCUACCUUGGACUUUCGCAAGUUGAAAUGACCGGAUCGAGCAUUUUCGACUACAUUCAUCAGCAAGAUCAUUCGGAAAUCAGCGAACAAUUGGGACUCGCCGCCACACAUUCGCCUCCGGGGAGCGCCGCGAACUCCGACGACGGAUCCUGCGACCGACCCGCGGCGACUAUGCACGCGGGCGCACACACAGCUUAUCAAGGUCUCGACAGAUCUUUCUGUAUUCGAAUGAAAUCGACACUCACUAAGAGAGGCUGCCAUUUCAAGUCUUCUGGCUACAGGGUUGUCUUGGUGUUGUGUCAUCUCCGACCACAAACCAUUUAUACGUCUACCGUCAAUGGAGUAAAAACUCAACCCGUUCUGGGUCUGGUGAGUUUGGCAGUAGCCCUCCCACCACCCUCGGUGAACGAAGUCCGACUGGGCUGCGAUAUGUUCGUGACGAGAGUCAAUCUUGACUUUCGGGUAUCACAUUGCGAGCCUAGGGUGCACCAGUUACUCGACUAUUCCGCCGACGAUCUUACUGGCCGGAGCCUUUACGGGCUUGUACACGCCCAGGAUGUACAUAAGCUUCGACAGCUACACAUGGACAUUAUGCAAAAAGGUCAAUCGAUGAGCAGCUACUACCGGUUAAUGAACAAAAACGGAGGCUACAGCUGGUUGCAAACUUGUGCGACCGUGAUCUGUGCCUCGAAACAAUCAACCCAAGAAGAGCAGAGCAUUAUUUGUGUAAACUACGUCAUCUCAGCGUCCGAAUUCGAAUCCGUUGUGAUGGAUGCUAACCAGGUGCCGGGCUAUCGGGAGCCGUCGCCCCUGAAACGGGACUGCACGACGCCCUCUCCACUGCCAAAACCUCUUCCCGAUCCUCUACCGCUGAGCACUCUGCCCAUCUCGGGAGUUUCCAAACUGGAACCCGUCAAAGACGUUGCUUGUGAUCCGGUAUCCAGUCCUCUAACCUACGAAGUGCUCGAUGACGCUAAAUGUCGCAAAAAGUACAACAGCAACACGAGCAGCAAAAGUCGAAAGCGGCCUCCAUCGUCUGAAUCACCAGACUGCGCGGGCGGUAAGGAGAAGAAAGAAAUGGAGCUCUCCAGACCAUGGAAGAACGCCGACAGCAAUGUCAAAGAUCUGGAGGAUGCCAUGAAAAAACACUUGCCCGUCGACAACAACAAACUGGCUCAGCCGCCCACGAUCCAAUGGAUAGGAACGCCACCGACAGCUGCUCCGUCUACCGCGACUUCUUCUCUGCUCCGACAACUGUACGUUAACCGAGAAACCGUGAUUCGCAAUUCCAAUCAAGCGACGAACGGACGUGCUCCGUACACUCCGUACGGCGAUGUGGCUCCUUCGGAAAGCUACCAUGGAGGGGACUUCAUGCUUCCCUACAAUGGCUACGAAGCCUAUCCCACAACGGGAAGGGAUAACUUGAGCAUGAUGACACCUGUUCCAACUCUUCCCUCCAUGCAAAGGCAUCCCUAUGAACUGCCACUUCGGCCACAAGUACUGGUGCAUCCCAGUCUCGAUUAUUCACCCAUACAAGAGCCACAACUCUAUCACCACCUAUCAGGUGGCAAUCCCUGGUACCCACAGCCUAAUUAAGGCUGACACGAAAGACUUGAAUGGCAGUUGCAAUAACACGAGUGAUUAUAAUUAUUUCUCGUCGUAGAUUAUUUCCUCCCAAAAGAACACACACACACAUAUGUGCUGACUCCGAUCGAGAUCUCGAUCAGUCGACGAAUAAGUAAACGGUCCCUGAACUGCGCGGAACCAGCGAGAGUCCAGGGCUCACGAUCCCGGAAUGGCCUCUGUGAUG